AUGACCGUCUUCGUGGUUUCGCUCUUCCUCCCGAAAACCGUCUACUUCAAUCUUCCUCCGGGCACCCCGCCGAAAAAGCCAGUCGCCAAACACGGUAGCUUGCAAGCGUCCAAGACGUUUCCAAUCCAGGCUCUCAAGCCAAUACUUGCCGACACCACUCCCAGCCUCUUCGCCCCUCGACCCGACAUCACUCCUCCUCAGACGCCUACCGAGUCCCUUCGAAUCGACCCAUUCGCUAACGAAGAUGGCUUCCGAGUGCAGUUCCCUAAUGAACUUGUUUCGCCAGUCAAUCGAAAGAGCUCCUCGACAUGGGGUGGACGACCGAACCAGCCUCUUUCUCGCGCCAACUCUCCUCCGCCUGCCGCUAUCUCCGAGCAUGGCCGUACAAUGCAGAAGGCCAAAGAGCUCAGUCGCCAGGGAGUGAACCAGCCGAAGCCUCUCGUUAGAAGCGAAUCGCACGACCGAGUAUUCUCCUCAGCACCAUGGGUGGUUGUUGAUGCUGAUCAGGGCAAUGGUGGUCUGAGGAAUGCUGUUGAAGCUGCUGCUCGCGAGGGCAAGCUUGGCGAUCUUACAUGGUGCGGGACACUCGGGAUGCCUACGGACGCCAUCGAUGGUACGCCUCAGAAGCAGGAUAUCGAGGACACAUUGGCAACCAUGCAUGACAUGUUGACCGUCUUCUGCACUGACAAGGACUUUGACGGCCACUACACGCACUUCUGCAAGCAAAUCCUGUGGCCAGUCUUUCACUACCAGAUGCCGGAUAAUCCCAAGAGCAAGGCCUACGAGGACCAUUCAUGGAAAUACUAUGUCAAUCUGAACCAAGCGUUCGCUGAUAAGAUUAUCAAGAAUUGGAAGCGAGGCGAUGUCAUCUGGAUUCAUGACUACCACCUGCUGCUCGUGCCCGGCAUGAUUCGUCAGAAGCUCCCUGAAGCUAAGAUCGGCUUCUUCCUUCAUGUGGCAUUCCCCUCGUCCGAAGUUUUUAGGUGUCUAGCCGUUCGCAAGGAACUUCUCGAAGGCAUGCUCGGUGCCAACCUGAUUGGCUUUCAGAUCCCCGAAUAUACACGCCACUUCCUUCAGACCUGCAGCCGCAUCCUCAACGUGGAAGCAACACCGGAGGGAAUCCAGCUUGAGGAUCGGUUCGUCGACGUUGCCAGCCUCGCCAUCGGAAUUGACCCUGUUAGUCUCAGCAAGCACCGAAACGACGAGGACGUCACUCAGUGGCUCGCCACUCUUCGAGAGCGAUACAAAGACAAGAAGCUUAUCGUAGCUCGCGACAAGCUAGAUCACGUCCGUGGCGUUCGACAGAAGCUUUUGUCCUAUGAGCUGUUCCUUAAUAAGAAUCCCCAGUGGCGAGGACACACGGUACUGAUUCAAGUUGCGCUCUCCAGCGAGCGUAGCGAUCUUGACGCCACUGUCUCUGAUAUCGUCACCCGAGUCAAUUCGUCAUGGGCCAACUUGGCUUAUCAACCUGUGGUGUACCUGAAGCAAGAUAUUGAUUACGCCCAAUACUUGGCACUGCUCACGAUUGCCGACGCGCUCAUGAUCACAAGCCAACGCGAAGGAAUGAAUCUGACCUCUCACGAAUACCUAUACUGCCAGGACGGAGCCAUACUGCCCGAGUCUAAGCAUGGUUCUCUGAUUCUGUCAGAAUUCACGGGAACUGCAUCCAUUUUCAACAAGAAUGAGUUGUCUGUGAACCCUUGGGACUACCGCCAGUGUGCCGAGGCGAUUCAAAAGGCGCUUGAGAUGUUGCCUGAUGAGAAGCAGACCCGGUGGGAGAAGUUGUACAAGGCUGUCUCGAACAACACUGGGUCCCACUGGGUUGACGAAUUCAUCACCAGGCUCAACAAGGCGCAUAAUGAGCAGCACUCCCGAGACCAGACAGCUGUUCCACGUCUGUCGAUCCCCUCGGUUUGCCGUCAGUAUCAGCAGUCUCAGCGAAGGCUUUUCAUCCUCGACUAUGAAGGCACUCUUGUGAGCUGGGGAUCGAUUUCCCAGAUUAUUGCAACAAGCCCCCAGAGGACCCUAGACAUUCUGAACGACCUGCUCCUCGACGAGCGCAACAUUGUUUAUGUCAUGUCUGGCCGCAGACCUGAGGAGCUCGAACGUGUCUUCCGCCGUGUACCAAACCUUGGCCUCAUCGCUGAGAAUGGCUGCUUCCUCAAAGAAUCGAGCAGCAACGACUGGAUAGAAAUGGCCGACACCACCCAGAUAAACUCAUGGAAAGAUUCGGUCAGGCCUAUCCUGAGCUACUUUUUGGAGAGAACCCCCGGUGCUGAGUUGGAGGAAAGACACUGCAGCCUUGUCUUCCAUUAUAAGGGCUCGGAUGACCCAGAGGCUGCCACCCGACUCGCAGCUGAAUGCGCCACUCACGUCAAUGAUGCCUGUGAAUCGCAACGCGUGCACGCCAUCCCUCAAGAGGGGUACAUCAUCGUGGAGCCUAUCGACUGGUCCAAGAAGACUGCCGCUUGCAAAGUAUUUGAGAAGUUGCACGGGCAGCCAGAGUCUACUCCGGUAGAUUUCCUCAUGGUGGUUGGAGAUGGACGGGAGGAUGAAAAGGUCUUCAAAUGGGCCAACCGUCUGCACCAAAACUCUGUCAAGGAGGUAGUCACUGUAAGCCUUGGAAGCCGGAGCACCGAGGCUACGGCCACCCUUACUCAGGGGGUCAGCGGUGUGCUCACGUGUCUUCAGCGACUCGCUCAGAGUUCUUAA